UUGGCCUAUCAAAGACGACACUUGAGUUGCAUACUUAUAAGUAUAUAUAUAUAUAUAAUUACGGAAGAUCUCCUUGUACUAAUUCGACGGUCAGGAUUUCCCCCCAAUCAUUAGGGUUUAUACGCAUUGUUCGUACACAUGCAAUUAGGGUUUUCUCCGUUCGAAAAAAUUCGCGUUGUCUGAUUUUGCGCGGCGGUAUAUACAGAUCGAUCGGAAUUGAUAUCAAUUAAUUGAAGGUCAGGACAACAAUGGAUCAUCAGAAGCCGCCGAAUCCUGGAGGAGGUCUGAUGCGGACAAAGUCGGAGCAGCUGGUGGAGACGUUAGCGGCGGCAAUGAAGUCUCCCGGCGGCGGCGGCGACGCCGGGGCGGAGAGCAGCGGCAGCCUGUCGAGAAAGUCAAGCCGCCGGUCUCCAGGCGGCGGCGGCUCGUGGAACACGCACAUCAGGAAAUCGAGGAGCGCUCAGCUGAAAUUCGAUUUGGAUGAUCUGAACAGCGGCGCGGCUCUGAGCCGAGCCUCCAGCGCCAGCUUAGGCUUCUCGUUUUCCUUCACCGGCUUCACAGUUCCUCCCGACGACAUCGCCGAUUCCAAACCUUUCAGCGACGAAGACGACGAAUUCCACUAUGAUGAUGAUGAUGAUGAUAUGAUGACCUCAUCAGCAGAAGAUAUCGAAGCAGGCAGGCAACAAAAGAAGCUCCAGACAGAGCCUACCCUCCCAAUCUAUCUCAAGUUCACAGAUGUUACUUACAAGGUCGUCAUCAAGGGCAUGACUUCAACGGUCGAAAAAGACAUUCUAAACGGGAUCACCGGGAGCGUUGAUCCCGGCGAGGUUUUGGCAUUGAUGGGACCUUCCGGGAGCGGGAAAACGACGCUGCUGAGCCUGCUCGGCGGGAGAGUCCGAGACCCUCCACACGGCGGGUCGAUCACUUACAACGACCAGCCGUAUUCCAAAUGCCUAAAAAGCAGGAUCGGGUUUGUGACGCAGGACGACGUUCUGUUUCCUCACCUUACAGUGCGAGAAACAUUGGCGUACACGGCUAGGCUGAGGCUCCCGAGAACGUUGACGAAAGAGGAGAAGGUCCAACGAGCGAUGGACGUCGUUUAUGAGCUGGGUCUAGAGAGGUGCCAAGAUACGAUGAUCGGUGGCUCCUUCGUUCGCGGAGUGUCGGGCGGGGAGAGGAAGCGCGUGUCAAUUGGCAACGAGAUAAUAAUAAACCCGUCUCUAUUAUUUCUCGACGAGCCAACGUCGGGUCUCGAUUCCACAACUGCGAUGAGGAUAGUCGAAACACUAUACGAAAUAGCAAAGGCCGGUAAAACUGUGAUCACGACGAUCCACCAGCCAUCGAGCCGGCUAUUCCUCAAGUUCAACAAGCUGAUUCUUCUAGGGAAAGGGAGUCUGCUCUAUUUCGGGAAGGCGUCGGAAGCGAUGGCGUAUUUUUCAUCCAUCGGAUGCUCGCCGCUUAUCGCGAUGAACCCAGCAGAAUUCAUGCUCGACCUAGCAAACGGGAAUGUCGCAGACAUUUCGGUCCCCUCAGAGCUAGAAGACAGAGUGCAGAUAGACACGACCUCCGAAGCCGAAAGAACAAAGAGCGGAAAACUCGCUCCAGCAGUCGUCCACGAGUACCUUGUGGAGGCCUACGAGACACGGGUGGCUGAAAUCGAGAAGAAAAGACUUACAUCGCCAGCCCCCAUCGACGAGGAAAUCAAGCUAAAGGUGUGCAUUUCCAAGAGAGAAUGGGGAGGGAGCUGGUUCGAACAGUACGCCAUUCUAUUUUGGAGAGGACUUAAAGAACGCAGGCACGACUAUUUUAGCUGGUUGCGGAUUACGCAAGUUGUUGCGACAGCAACAAUUUUGGGGUUACUAUGGUGGCAAUCGGGUAGUAAUAACCCUACCGAACUACAGGAUCAGGCCGGGUUACUGUUCUUCAUUUCUGUGUUCUGGGGCUUCUUCCCGGUGUUCACGUCUAUCUUUACGUUCCCGCAAGAAAGAGCCAUGAUCAGCAAGGAAAGAGCGGCAGACAUGUAUAGAUUAAGUGCAUACUUCGUCGCUAGAACGACGAGUGAUCUCCCGCUAGACCUAAUUCUACCCGUACUUUUUCUUCUAGUCGUGUACUUUAUGGCGGGGCUAAGAAUGAGAUUCAGUUCCUUCAUCCUAACCCAAGCAACCGUGUUUCUCUGCAUUAUAGCCGCUCAGGGAUUGGGAUUAGUUAUCGGGGCUACACUUAUGGACCUGAAGAAGGCGACAACUUUGGCUUCGGUUAUGGUAAUGACCUUCAUGCUGGCGGGGGGAUUCUUCGUGAAGAAUGUUCCCGUGUUCAUCUCAUGGCUGCGCUAUCUCUCGUUUAACUACCACACCUACAAGCUUCUCCUAAAAGUACAAUACGAGCACAUAAGUCACUCAAUCAAUGGGGUUCGUAUCGACAGUGGUUAUAAGGAAGUGGGAGUUCUCGCAGCAAUGGUGGUCGGCUACAGAGUAUUGGCGUACCUAUCUCUACGAAGGAUGAACCUUAAUUCGGGAGCUUAAAUUCAGGGGAUACUACAGAUUUCUGCUUACAACGUUUUCAUAAGCAGUUGAGUCAUUCGGCCAGAAAAUUUUAUUGAAGCUUCUGGCUCGGGCCGCUAAGAGAAAUGGCCAUUGUUAGCGCUAAGCUAAGCUCGUGCAAUUCUUUAACGUAUAGCUACAUGAUGAUUCGGUAAAACUCAUGCUAGGAGAUAGUUCUUUUAUGAUCAGUAAAUGAAUUGUAAAAUCAGCAUAAGUUGUGAUUGUAACUUCCCACGGAAAAUCGACUGAUGUUCCUUUCUCAA